UCCACAAUUUUCAAUUCGAACCAAAUUGCAACCUGCGUAUUUCAUAAUCUUGUGCUCCUUCCGAUCCCCAAAAUUUUCGAACCCUAAUUGCGCAAAUCGGUGAGUUGUCGCUUCGGAGCUUCUCGCAUCAAGCAAGAUUACGUGUUCUAUCUUUGUUUUUUUUUUAUUUCACAAGGAAGACGGGAAGACUGGGGUUCUUUCUGCUGUUUGCACCAGUCAUAUUUGAACCAUUGUGUUGCAUUCAAACAUUUCGCCAUGAAGUUCCUAGAGUUUGCUUCUCUAGAUCGGCUGAACGAUUUCUUAAGUCAUUUGGAUAUGGGAGAACGUACUAUCAAAGGAUGUCUUGAAGCUUACACGUGCAAGCACGCUGGAGCUGACAAAAAACUCUCUCACAGAUUGUCUCUAAGUCUGGACACCGAGAUUGCUGACUAUCUUGGGAAGUCAUCUGACACUGACUCUUCUUCAUCGCCUGAUUGCAUAUCUAGCAGAUCCAGCCGGAGGACAUUGGUCUACUUGGUCCUUACCCUUUAUCACAUGUAUCCAGAUUAUGAAUUCAGUGCAGUUAAAGCUCACCAAUACUUCGCAGAGGAAUCGUGGGACAGUUUUAAACAGAUUUUCGAUACCUACAUGCUUGAAGCCUCAAAGGAAUGGCUUGAAACCAAUGGGGGUGUUUCUCUGCUAGACACUCUGUACAGGGCCCUGGAUGAGGUGGUGAAGUUAUCAGAUUGCGAAAUAUAUAGUUACGACCCAGAUUCUGAAGCGGAUCCGUUACUAGAAAGAGGGGCAAUAUGGUCCUUUAAUUUCUUUUUCUACAAUAGGAAGCUUAAGAGGAUAGUGACUUUCCGUUUUGGCUGUUAUAGUAAUUUGGUAGCUGAUGGGUUCCUUAUGGAUGAGACACAGUACGAGGAAGAUGGAGAAAUAUUUGCUGACAUGGAUAUGUAAGGACAUACAAUGGUAUAUAUAUAUAUAUAUAUAUGUAUGUAUAUGUCAAGAUCGUCAACUAUUCUGUAAUGUAAUAUAAAGAUUUUUUGUCUGAGGCCGAGGGAGUCUUAUAGCAUCUGUAUCCUCCUGUAUGCAAGUAGGUUUAGCUUCUGCAUCUUCCUCUAUGCGGCUAGUAACUGGUAUCGUAGUUUGUAAUCAUCCAGUGUAAAAUUGUAGGUCAAUUAAGAUGAUGAGUCUUGAUAUAUAUUUGCAUAUAUAGAGUGUAAUUUUAGCUUCUGGAACAUAAUUGGCAAGGACUUGCAUGGUGAUACAAAUUGAUGUUGUAUUUCGAGGGAUUGUGAUCAAGGUUAUUGACACAAGCUCCUUUAACGUUUA